AUGCUUUUAAUUUCUCCCCCGAAGAAUGUCUCCGGUAGCCAGAUUGUUUCUGUUCUUGAUAAAACUGUUACUAGUAGGGUUUUGGAGCUAAAAGAAUUUAGAAGAGGGAAUUUGCUUUUGCAUUCUAUAGCUAAUGCAGUGCUAACUGAAUUUAACGGGAAAAGACAUCAUUUACUAACCGAUACAAUCAUAACCACCAGCCAGUUGUUGAAGGGAAAAAAAAACGUAAAAGACUGCGGUGAGCGUGGAUCGAACACGCGACCUUCAGAUCUUCAGUCUGACGCUCUCCCAACUGAGCUAUCCCCGCCUUUGUGGUCCCAUCUUUUCGUUCAAGAUUACUCCAUUUUAGAUUUAUAUGAAGCAACUUCUGAUGUUGUUGCGGCCAACGCUUCAAUGGUGAAGGUUGAGUCUUCAAUUUUCAAGGAUUAUUCACCAAUUCAUAUACUUACUUCUUGUGAUGGCUGGUUACUUUUAUCUGUGCUUAAAAAGAAAAUGCAGAAGCUAUUUCUUUUCAAUCCGUUUUCUGGAGAACACAAGGGUUUGGAAGCAAGGUUAUGUUUUGACUUGGAUUUGAACAAUUCUGAGGCAGUUGAAGUUGAUGAUUGCUCCUUCCUAUAUACUAUUCGAGCAGUGCUUCAUCUGUCACUCUGCUCUCGUCUUUUUGGUGCUGCUGUUCCCACAAUUGUUGUCACUAUGUCUUCCACUGGGAGGAUCAAAAGUGAUGGCCUCACUACUCUCUGGUCCGAACUAUACAUAACAAUGGUAGCAACACUGAUGGUCUCAGGUAAACGUGGUGACGAUUCUGGUGAAUCUUUUGACCAUGAUGAAGAUGAGCAGCUUCCUGGUUUUGGGUUCAAAGCUUAUGAUUAUGAGCAGUAA